UUUUGCCAUUUAUUAAUGUGUCAUUCAAUGUGUUUCUAUGGGCUGUAGUAGUAAAGUCCAAAUUCAAUAUUUUCUCAAAUAAUUGUUUAAUAUAAUUUUGGGAUAUCUAAAGGGGUACUAAAAUUCAAAAUCAAUUAGCUGAAUGAUCGAUGGUAUUUUCCAAAUGCUAACACACUAAAAUGACAUGCACAGCACAAUUAUUUAAACUGACACACAGAGAGCAAAACCUCUUCUCAAGUCUCCAAAAGUCUAAACACAUUUUCUGCUUUACACACAUUUUGCAAUUCAAAAUGGCACUUUUUAAAUGCACUGCACACGGUUCUCUGCAUAAGACACAACAAUCUGACAUAAAGUCACAUGUUUGCCAUUUCAAAAUACUGCCAUUCAAAAUGACACGACAUGAGCUAAUUGGCCAAUGCAUGUGCCACCUGGCCAAACACCUCAAUGGUUAAAUGUUACCACUUCAAUCAGGAAGUAAGCACUAUGAAAAGACCACAGGUGAGCACCUUUUGUUUUACAACAACAAUGGAAGCCGUUGCAGAGAGAAGAAGGGUGAGAAUGAGAGGGGGAGGAAGAGUGAGAGGUAGGGGUAGAGCUGGUAGACAAGAUUAUGGCCAAAGAAGAAAACUUUCAGAUGAAAUCAGAGCAACCUUAGUUGAUCAUGUCAUCAACCAUGGGCUGACAAUGCGAGAGGCUGGACAGAGUGUGCAGCCUAACUUGAGCCGUUUUACUGUCGCCUGUGUCAUCCGGACAUUUAGACUGGAGUACAGGUAUGUAACCAACAUUUCUUUCACACUAUGUAGUACACCCGAUGUCAUAGUGUAUCAGUUGGGUGACACCUGUUUACUUCAUGAAUGGCUGAUGUCAUACACUAACUGCACAAAUUUCCUGUAGAAUUUACUCUAUUGUGGGGGAAAUAUCUUUAGGCUGCAUUGUCCAAGCCCUAUAUUUUAGUUUUUUUGUUUUUCUAAAGGACUGAGAGACGCAACCAUGGUGGAGGAAGGGGCCAAAUGUUCACCGGGGUACAGGAAGCUGCCAUUGUACACUUGGUUUUGGAAAAUAAUGAAAUCAGAUUACGAGAAAUUCAAAGCUACAUCAUCCAAGACAACACCAUAUUCAACAACAUUCAACGAGUCAGUCUGUCCACAUUGGCCCGCAUUCUCAAGCGAAACCAAAUCAGAAUGAAACAACUUUAUAAGGUGCCGUUUGAGAGAAACUCUCAAAGAAACAAAGAGGUCAGACGAGCAUAUGUGGAUGGAGCACUGGAAAUGGAUGCUCAUGCAAUCCCACAUGAGUUCAUCUUUAUAGAUGAGGCUGGGUUCAACCUAGCAAAGACCAGAAGGGGGAGAAACGUCAUUGGCCACAGAGCCAUUAUAGAUGUUCCUGGCCAACAUGGUGGGAACAUCACAAUGUGCGCUGCCAUCUCCAAUACGCAUGGUGUCCUCCACCGUCAUGCCAACCUUGGACCAUACAACACAGCCCAUAUUCUCACAUUUCUUGACAGACUCCACAACAUUCUCAUACCACCAGAGCGUAUGAAUGAUGCAGACCAUCAAAGAACCCAGCACGUUGUAGUAUGGGACAACGUGAGCUUUCAUCGUGCAGCCCCAGUCCAAAACUGGUUUGCUGACCACCCACCAUUUCUCGUGCAAUACCUCCCACCAUACUCACCAUUUCUGAACCCCAUAGAAGAGUUAUUUUCGGCAUGGCGGUGGAAGGUAUACGACCGGCAGCCCUCUGUGCGCAUGCCUCUUGUGCAGGCUAUGGAAGAGGCAUGUGAUGAGAUUGAUGUGGGUGCGAUUCAGGGAUGGAUAAGGCACUCAAGGCGCUUCUUCCCUCGAUGUCUGGCAAGGGAAGAUAUUGCCUGUGAUGUGGACGAGGCGUUGUGGCCAGACCCAGCUGUGUGGCAAGAUGCUGCCUAAUUAUUUUUCUUGCCUCAUCUUUUUUCAAUAUAUUUUUUCUGCACAUUUUUUCUGCAAUUUUCUUUUUCAUAUUUUUGUUCAGUCCAAUGUAAAUACAUCUGUUGUGCAUAUGUUGCACUGACU